GCUAGGAAGCGAGGCUCGGAGGGGAGAGAGAGCGGACCUGUCCCAGGUCAUCACAUCCAUCAGGGUCCGUCUAGUAGGAGCCGGAGAAUGCCUGGGGAGGCACCCCCUACAACAGAACACCCAGAAACAUCGGGUAUGGUAGAUCCAGAAGGCAACCAUGAUGCUGGUGGUUCGACAUCCAACUCUGCACACCCCUCUGUUGGUGCUCACGGGGACAUGGCACCACGAAAAGUUCAGUCUUUGUUUCAGAUCAACCGUCAAGACAUUCAGGCUGUGGACUCAGAGCAGCAAGCAUUGGAAUUGCAGGGAUUGGGACUGGCAGUAUACGACCAGGAGGUGUUAGAAGCUGGAGUACUGCAGCAGGUAGAUAAUGCCAUCAAUGCAGCCAAUCAAGCUGCCCAGCUUGCAGAAGCCGAGAAGGAGCAACAUGAACUCUUGGACGAACUUCGCUCAUGUGUCACUUCUUUGCGACAAAUUAAUAAGAUCAUUGAUCAGCUCACACCACAAGCUGCCACCUGCAAAGAAAUCGGUCGUAAGCUGGACUCUGUGAAAAGACAGAAACAUAACAAGGAGCAGCAGCUCAAGAAAAUUAAAGCAAAGCAAAGACGCCUUAGAGCAAUUUUGGGGGGCAGCCAGCAGGAUAUCGAUCAUGAAGAAGGACUUGAAGGAGAACCAGAGGAUGAUGUACCAACUACCUCUUUGGGAAGUAUGUUGAUGCCAUCUCAAGAGUCUGAAUGGGAAGAAUUGAUUCGUACUGGACAGAUGACACCGUUUGGCACCAAGAUCCCUCCAAAAGAAGAGCGCAAGCCUCGAAAGCUGAUGUUGAAUGAUUCGUCAGACUUUGAAAAAUACCUUGCAGAUCAGGCAGAGAUGGCAGCCCAAAGGAAGCGUCCAUUGACUCCUAAAAAAAAGAAGGGUCCUGUUAUCUGUAAAAGCACAUUAGAAAUGUCAGUAGGGAAGAAGAAAGUUGCAUCACCACCUGCAGAUAAAAGGUUACAAAAAAGAAUGAGAAAGCUGCAAAAGAAUGCCUUACAUACCCAGUUUCGGGCAGGAAUUCCAUGCAAAAAGUCCUUUCCCUCUCCUAAAGAUGGCAACCAAGGAGAUGAGAGUGAGGGAUCUGUAUACACUCCUGAGGAGAGAGAGGAGAGCAUGGAGGAGGAUUGGCUUCCUGAUGGGCCAGACUCUGACUACGAGCUGAAACCGUUGGUGCCGAAAGUAGGAGUAAAACGGCCAAGAAAUAAGGGCGUGGACCCCGAGUUCCUUCCAAGCUCUGAAGAAGAUGAGGAUGAAGGAAUCUCAAACUCAGGGAAAAAAAGACUUUACAAAGAUGAUGGCAAUGUCAAAUUGUUCAAACAACGAUUGAGGCAUUGGCAAAAACAGCGUACCAAGGAGAUGGAACAGCGGGCUGCAGACAAUGAGUCGGAAGACAGUGAUGUGGAGUUUGAUGAAGGUUUCAGAGUUCCUGGUGAUCUUUGGAAGAAGUUGUACAAGUACCAGCAAACAGGUGUUCGGUGGCUCUGGGAGCUGCAUUGCCAGCAGGCAGGGGGCAUUCUGGGAGACGAGAUGGGAUUGGGUAAAACCAUCCAGAUAAUUGCCUUUCUGGCAGGGUUGAGCUACAGCCGGAUGAGGACGCGUGGCUCUGAUUACAGGUAUCAAGGACUUGGACCCUGUAUUAUUGUGUGCCCUGCCACUGUAAUGCACCAGUGGGUCAAAGAGUUCCAUGCUUGGUGGCCACAGUUCCGUGUUGCAGUGCUUCAUGAAACUGGAAGCUUCGCUGGCAAAAAGUCACGAUUAAUUGGAGAGGUGGGAAAUAGUUCCGGUAUCCUCAUUACCUCUUAUUCAUACGUGCGCCUGAUGCAGGAGGAGCUGCAGAGGUACCACUGGCACUACAUCAUCUUGGACGAGGGACAUAAGAUUCGCAACCCAAAUGCAGCUGUGACAAUCGCAUGCAAACAGUUCCGUACUCCUCAUCGUAUCAUCCUGUCUGGGUCCCCUAUGCAAAACAACCUACGGGAACUGUGGUCCUUGUUUGACUUUGUAUUCCCAGGAAAACUUGGCACUCUACCUGUAUUCAUGGAGCAAUUCUCGGUCCCCAUCACUAUGGGCGGAUAUUCCAAUGCAUCACCAGUCCAGGUAAAAACUGCAUACAAGUGCGCAUGUGUGCUACGUGACACCAUCAACCCCUAUCUCCUGCGACGGAUGAAGGCUGAUGUUAAGAUGAGCCUCUCCCUCCCAGACAAGAACGAGCAGGUUCUGUUUUGUCGUUUGACUGAUGAGCAGAGACAAGUGUACCAGUCCUUCAUCGACUCCAAGGAAGUCUACGGUAUACUGAAUGGAGAUAUGCAGGUAUUCCCUGGACUCAUCGCCUUGAGGAAAAUCUGUAAUCACCCAGAUCUGUUCUCAGGAGGGCCCAAGAUUCUGAAAGGAACCAGAGAAGAAGAUUUGGAAGAGCAUGAACAGUUUGGAUUUUGGAAGCGCUCUGGCAAAAUGAUAGUGGUGGAGUCACUUCUGAAGAUUUGGCAUCGCCAAGCACAUCGCGUUCUACUUUUCAGUCAGUCUCGGCAGAUGUUGCAGAUCCUUGAAGUGUUUUUAAUGCGGAAUGGCUAUUCCUACCUCAAGAUGGACGGUACCACAACCAUUGCAUCCCGACAACCUCUCAUUACAAAGUUUAACGAGGACCCUUCGCUAUUUGUCUUCCUUCUCACCACCAGAGUCGGGGGCCUCGGUGUGAACUUGACUGGAGCUAACAGAGUCAUCAUAUAUGAUCCUGAUUGGAAUCCUAGCACUGACACUCAGGCUCGAGAGAGGGCCUGGAGGAUUGGACAGAAGAAGCAGGUGACUGUAUAUAGACUGUUAACUGCAGGAACCAUUGAAGAAAAGAUUUAUCACAGACAAAUCUUCAAGCAGUUCUUGACCAACCGUGUGCUGAAAGACCCAAAGCAACGGCGCUUCUUUAAAUCCAAUGACCUGUACGAGCUAUUCACCCUGAGCAGUCCAGAUGCCAACCAGGGCACAGAGACAAGUGCCAUAUUUGCAGGAACUGGUUCUGAUGUUCGGGUCUCUAAGCAUUCUAGUAGAAAUACUUUGCCAAAUUCUGACCCAGAUCCUCAAAAAGACCCACCCAACUCUACUGGAAGUGUCUUUUCACCUAGUGACCAACCAACAACUUCCAAUGGGAUUUCCUCUCACUGCCAAGACACUACUGCUAAUGGUGCUUUUAAAAAAACUGGCAAGUCAGAAACAGACACCAUAGGGAAAAGCAAACAAGAUUCCCUGCCAGUCUUGCCUGAAAAUAGCCACCGUAAACACAAAGAAAAGACGAAACACCGGGGCAAGGCAUCCAAAGUCAAAAAGAGACUGAAGGAUGCUAAGUUUGAUGGUGAGAGAAUAUCUCACCUGGUAAAACACAAGCCAUACCAGAAAGAGGAGAAUGAAUUUGACGAUCGGCGAACAAAUGAUGAUUAUGUGUUGGCAAAGCUUUUCAAAAAGACUGGAGUGCACAGUGUUAUGAAACAUGAUGUUAUUAUGGAUGCUUCUAAUCCGGACUUUGUGCUGGUGGAGGAGGAAGCAAGUCGAGUUGCCCAGGAGGCUCUUAGAACCUUAAAGAUCUCUCGUCAGCGUUGUCAUGCAGCUACCUCAGGAGUCCCAACAUGGACUGGAUCAAAUUCUAGAGCAACCUCGGGAAUCAAGAAAAGGUUUGGACAGAAAAAGAAUCCUUUGUUGCAGACACCUGAGGUUCCUGUCAAAUCACAACAAGACAAAUGCAAGGAUGCCAAAGUCUUAAAGCAACAGGACAGGACUGUAGAUGAUGCUUCUUUGCACUUUAGUGGAGAUAUCAAUACUGCAGAGUCCACGUCUGCCACACUCUCUUCCUCAUCACUUCUUUCCCGCAUGAAAAAAAGGAACAAUCUACUGCUCCCCGUCACAGAAGACCAAGAUACAGGAGCGAGUACAUCGCUGCCAGACCCCACUGAGCAUGACGAGCUGCUGACAGACAUGAGAAACUUUAUUGCCUUCCAGGCAAGAGAGGAUGGGGAAGCUAGCACACAAGAGGUAUUACACGAGUUUGAGAACAAACUUUCCAAAAAACAAACGUGUGUCUUUCGAGAACUGUUACGUCAUCUCUGUACCUUCCACAGAAAGAGUAACAGUACAGGCGUUUGGAGACUGAAGCCUGAAUUCCGCUAGAAAUUCCUGAAAGGGGCAAAAAAAGUUAAAGGUGCAAUACUUUAAAACCUUUUUAUACUGAUAGGUCAAUAGUGAGCAACUUCAAAGACAGAAGCUAGGUAGGUACCAACGCAGUUAAGUAAUAUUCACCACCCAUUGCAAGGAGAGAGUGUAUUCUUCCUAAACUGAUAGGGAAUCAUGGUUUUCUGUAGUGGCAGUAAGAGUUUGUAUAUGUGAAAAUGGGGCCAUUUGUUAAUGAUUUUAAAUCAGUGGACUGCUGCUAUCACUUGGGUUUAUCUGCUUAUCUGCAGUCUAAUGAAAAUUCAGAGAUGAUAUUGGUAGCAUUAACUACAGAAAGGAGUAGGCAAUCUUUGACUUUCCCAACUCUAAAUAAAUUACAUAUCCCAUAAUAAAAAUUGUUGUUUGCAAAGAAUCAUGGGAGAUGUAGUUUAGCAGUUGCUGAACAUCAGAUGCUGUUGAUAUCAACUGACCAUUCUUGUAUUAAUUGCGUGUAAAUGAGUUGAGCGGUCAAAUCUACAUGUCUGUUCAAUUCUUUUCCUUCUGUUAUUUAUGUAUUUUUUUAUUUAUGUGUCCAGGACUAUGGCAUUUAGAUAAGUCAUUUAUUUUUACUCAUUUAACCCAUCCAAGACUACAUGCAUAUUGCUCCUUGCUCUGUCUCCUUCUGCUCAACUAUUGGCCCUGCUUGAAGUUACUUCCACAAGCUGCGCAGUCCUACCCCAUGAUGCCUAAAUGCUGGCUUCAUGGUUAGGUCAUCAAAGUCAGAACUCCAUUCCUUUAUUCCCGCUGCAAGCCCUUUUCACGCUUUGGUGAGGAUAUAUAUAUAUAUAUA